AAAGACACACACAUGCACAAUCUACAUGCGAUGUUAAUAAGACAGUGGUGGCUUCAUUCUCUUCUAAGCCAUCAUGAAGCUUAACACGAUCAUUCUACUGUGCUCUCUGUUCAACUUCACGCAACAGCUAAAUUUACAAGAUCGCUGUAUGUGUGAGCUGACCAACAAAGAGAAGCCAUUCCCUCAUGAGAACCUGAACUCAGUGAACGACAAGGCAUUAAAAUGCUCUCACAAUGUCACCCCACAGAAAGCACUGGAACUUGAAAGUCUGAUGCUCGGGUUGGAGCUCCGUUUGCCCCAACUAAUAAAAGAAGUGUCAAUACUGGAGAAGGAGGAUGAUGGAGCGCUAUAUGGAGCUGUCAGCCUCCAGGUGAUAGAGAAUGAGCUCACUGAGAUAAAACUUAUGGUUGACAGGCUGAACACAUCCACCAAAGGACAUCAACGCAUUACCACUGGCUCUGUCAGACAACUGGAGCAACUGAGAGCAGAGUUGCACGAGAUGGAACAGUAUGACACCUUUCAGGUAGAAAAGAGACGUAAAGACAACCACCGCCUGAAGAGAGCCCUGGACGAGUGCAGGGAUGAACACGAAUUCAAACCACAGCCCACACAUCGUCCAGACAGUUUCUGUCCCCAUGGCAGGUUUGUGAACAUUACCGGGCCAAGGUUCUACUCAGCAGGAAACGCUCCUGCCACCUCCAAGUAUGGAGGCUGGGGCCGUGACCCCAAACCAGGGCUGGGGAAAAAGAACUGGUAUUGGAGAGUGAUGCUGACCAACAUCAACAUAUAUGGAAACUAUAUCAGUUUCUACUCCUCCCUGAGUUCUCUGACUGUAGGAAUUAACGCAGCAGGUAAUGUCCACAUCCAUUCAGCCAAUCCAACGACCAACACCAUUCAGGGACCAAAUGUUGUUCUGUAUGGCGAGGCCUUGUACUACAAUUGUUAUAACAAUGCUCAACUUUGUCGUUUCAACAUAACAUCCAAAACCAUUUCCAACCUACAGUUACCCAAAGGCACCAGGUUCAAUUCAAAGGGAAACUUUUGUCAUGUAGAUGAAUGUUACCCAUACACUGAUUUAGACCUUGCAAUAGAUGAGUCAGGUGUGUGGCUCAUCUACAGCACCACAGACAACUUCGGUAACCUGGUUUUGUCUAAGGUGGAAGAAGGAGAUCCACCGAUGCUCAGCCAAACUUGGCACACCUCGGUCUAUAAGCAGGCAGUCACCAACACCUUCAUGGCCUGUGGCAUCCUCUACGCUACACGUUAUAUAAAUAAGGACAUGGAAGAGAUCUUCUACUCAUUUGACACAUCAACCGGAGUGGAGAAGUUUAACCUUGGCAUUUUCAUGAACAAGAUGUGCCCUAACAUUUUCUUCCUAAAUUACAGCCCAGUAGACCAGAUGUUGCAUGUCUACUGUGAUGCUAACAUGGUCUCCUAUAAGGCUUUGUUUGAAUAAAUAAAUACUGCCACCAUCAGCCAUAGAACCUGAUCAAACAGUUACUACCAUGUGCAUGGUAGUAACACAUGCGCGCGCACACGCACGCACACACACACACACACACAUUCGUACACAUAUAGUACCAAAAUUAAGGAAAUGUGUGUUUGGUACAUGAUUUCUUUUGUUGUGACUAUGCUUCUUGGCAAUAAAUCUUAUAUCAUUGGAAA